AUUUUACAGUCGGUAAUUUUUUAGUAAUGGCUGGUUUUGCGCCAGAAAUUCUUGUGGAACAAGACGAAUGGCACCGCUUAAACGAUGAUUUAAAACACCACGGCCUUCUCCCAUUGGAUAUUCGUCUUUCAGAUUCUGGUGAAAUUUUCCUGGGAUCAAGAGAAUCAAGUCGAUUACGUCAUAUACUAAUUACUCUUCUAUCAGACACCGACAGAAGGCAAAAAUUAGUUCAUGAAUUACUUGUAACAAAUCAACAAUUAAGAACUGAUAUACCGGAACGAGAUAACGUACUUGUUGCAUAUAAGAGGAAAAUUGAACAAUUAGAAGAACAGUUGGACAAUCAUGAAGGCUUAAGGAAGGACACCGUUAAACUCAAAACUCUUGAAGACGCAAUUGAAACUGCUGAAAGAAGAGUUAAACGAGCAAGGGGUAAAGCAAACGAACUUCAACAGGAAUUAAAUGAUAUAUAUUCAAAAUUGGAUGUUAAUACAUCGGAUGAGGCUAACUGCGCUUUGGACGCUCUCCUAAAACUCGCUACAGAAAUACGGUCGGAAUUUGAUGAUGAACCGAGGAAAAAACAUACAGUUUGGUGCAAUAAAACAGUUCACAGAUUAACUUCCAGAAUAAGUCAGAUGCAAGCUGACUAUCAACUGCAUAAAUCGGCUCUUGAUUCAGUAUGCUGUAGGUACUUGCCAAAAAUCAAACCGGAUUCAUCGAAACAGGCAUUACACGUCAUCAAAUUAAUUGAAGAAGAGGGUCGGAAACAUAAAAGAUCUUUGAACGAUAUACCUGAAAAUGUUACUCGACAAGUAAUUCUUCAUUUCAUGGAGGUUUUCAAUAUUCGUGACUUUGGUGGAAUUUACACAGCUAUCAAUAGUUUGUAUACAAAGACUUCCGAAUAUACAAAUGUAUUGAAUGCUCUAGCAAGAACAUUAGGUCUGGAUGAAGAUAUUUCCCCAUUCCAGAUAGUAGAUUCUGUUGCUGAUUUGGUUGAUAUAGCAAAUGAUGCUGCUGCCAAGCGUGUAUGCGAUGCGCUUGGUGUCACAGAUAUUGAAGAUGCAACAGCGAAGAUACGAGAACAACAAGCGUUUCUUCCAACUUUUAGGAAUAUCAUUAAACAGCUCAUUAGUAUUUUAAGAUUACAAACUAUGGAGGAAAUAGUACCAGCCGUUAGAGCCCUGAAACUCUUGGCUUCUUGAACAUCAAGUGACAAGAAACUCUUCACAUAUCAGGAAAAAACGAAAAAUAGUUAUAAAAUACGGACAAUAUUAUUUUUCACAAGGAUUGUAGUUUAAAUAGAGAUUGUAAUUUACUUUAUAUUUACAAUGCAGUUGAAUAAAACGAAAGAUGAUAUAUCAA